UCAGUCCUUGUGGGGGGACAUCUGUAGUGAGAUCUGACUCUGUGGAGGUGACAGCGGAUGUACAGUAUCAAGCGAACAUAAGCAUGUUCACCGCCAAUUUACGAAGUGGCUCAGUGACAGUUAACGAGUCUGAUGCAGUGGCAUUCCGAUGCCAGACUGACAGUAACCCAAGGUCAGUCAUCACGCUACUGAAUGGAUCUGAUGAGCUGAUAAGGACAGAUAACUCCCUGACGACAGAAUAUAGACUGAAGUCUGCAGAAUGUAGACAAAGAGGGAACUACUUCUGUACUGCCACUAACAACAUCAGGGCACCUGUCACCCAGAUGUUAGAGUUGCUGGUACGAUGUUCUCCACGACUUGAUGUCUCAGAGUCCCAGCCACUCAAGUUCGCUGCUACACUGGGUGGUGACGUGUCUGUGUCUGUGUCAGUCCUAGCCUACCCCCUUCCUACAUUCACCUGGAGGAGAUCCAUCAGCACCAGCCAGGACCUCACUGGUUCCUCCAGCCCUGUCUCAGACAUCUCAGUCACUGCCAGACUACACCUUACUAACCUCCAGCAGCAGGACUUCGGGGACUACAGUCUGACAGUUGACAAUGGAGUGGGCGGGUUAGUGACAUACGGAGUCAGCGUAGUGCGAGCAGGGCCACCGAUGAUGCCUACACAAUUUUCGAGAUCUGGAUAAUGCAACAACGUCGUCGGUGUGGUUGUCGUGGCUGCCUGGGUUCAAUGGUGGACGCACUCAGACGUUUCUAAUUGAGUAUCGUCAGUUUGCUACAAGAACGUGGACUGUUAAUAAAUCGUAUGAUGACCUAGGC